UUUUGUUUUUUUUUUUUGAUUAAUUAACAUUAAGUUUUCUUUAUUUUUCUGUUUGACUUAAGUAAUUUUGUUUUUAAAUGUUAAAAAAAUAGAUUAAGAAACUAAGUCUUUAGUUUUAUAAAUUUUAACAAAUUCGUUAAAAGAGCUUCCGUUGAGCGAAAAAAGAUGAAAAAUAUGUGUGGUUCACAAGAGUAAACAACAGAAGAAACAGUGGCACACAAAUAUGUAAUACUCUAUGGAAUGUGUGCUGCGGAGUUUUAAAUUAAAAUAAAAAAAGACUUAAUUGUGCUACUAGCUUUCGGAGUGUUUUUUUACAAACUUGUGGAUUUUUAAUAUCGAUAAAAUUCAAUUUAAUAAAUGUUUAUGACAUUUUAUAGAAUUAAAUUCUGCCUAUAUUAAGUUUACAAAAGAAGACACACACAAAUAUUAUCUGAACAACAAUUUGCCACCGAAAACACCGUAGCAACAUCCAAAAGAAACUAUCAAAAUUAAACGAAGUUUUUAAAUUAAAAAUUAAAGAAUAGAUAAUGAAUCUUUGAAUAAACAACAACCAAGAACACUGGCUAAAGUGUUCACACUAGCUCUCAAAACCCCGACCAUACAAAAUAAUAGAAAACAUUUUUCUAUCUAUAGACAAAAAUAACGAUAUUGACAAUCUUUGAAAAUAAAUUGCAUUUAUCAAAAACUGACCUAUAAAACUACAAAUGGCCUAUCAUUCGAAUGGAGGAGGUUAUUCUGGCGAUGAACGUGAAUCUCGAAGUGGUGGUGAUGAUCGUCCUGAAAAUGACUUGACCGAUAAACCAAUUUAUCUUUUGGAACAUUUGGCUACGUUUACAGUCAACAAAGAAACUGGUAUUGUUUAUCCAGCAGACGGAAUGAGGAGAUUGCUACAAUUAGAAAAGACCACAGGAAUUUGGUCACAAAAAAUGCAACUUUGUCUGGAUUAUCAGUGGGUGCUCAUAAUGGAUUAUGAAACUGGGAAUAUCAUUGAAAGGUUUCCAGCCACAUUGAUACAAGAACCAACAGCAUUUACAAGUAAUGAUCCUAUGGAAAUGUACAAUAAUAUUUUGGUGUUCAUUGUUACAGGAGGAUCGGGAUCAAGGUCAGAAAUGCACAUUUUCCAGUCACAAGGUGUUUCUGCAGUUCAUUUGGUGGAAGAUUUAAAGAAACUUAGAAGUGGUAAGCUAGUGACACAGCAUCGGGAAACAAUCAACAUAGCACCACCACAAAUGAAGUCGUCCUCACUGAUCCAACAUCGAGGAGGUGCUGGUCUUAAUAGAGGUGUUAUUGGAGGAGGUGAAUCCGCUGUCGAACACUAUGGCAUGUCUCGGGAAUUAAGUAGUAUUGUUGGUGGAGGCACUGGUGGAGGUGUUGGCGGUGGUGGAGGUCAUGAAACUGACUCUGAAUUAGGAUGUGCUAAUGAUGAGACAAGUUCAACAUCUAGCGACAAAUACGAGCGAGAUGUCACAGUGCUUAAUCAUUGUUUCGAUGACAUCGAGAAAUUCAUCGCCCGGCUUCAGCAUGCGGCGGCGGCUUCUCGAGAAUUAGAGCGACGACGCCGCAAUCGAAAAUCCAAGAAAAAAGACCCCGGUGAAGGUCUCCUUACGCUACGCACCCGUCCACCACACGAAAAAGAAUUCAUCGAUAUUUUUGCCAAAUUUAAGUUGUCGUUCAAUUUGCUGGCAAAACUCAAGGCCCACAUUCAUGAUCCAAAUGCACCGGAAUUGGUGCACUUUUUGUUUACCCCGCUGGCCCUGAUCGUCGAGGCGUCAUCCGAUACUUAUUUUGAAUCCCAAUUGCCUGUUAGAGUGGUGAAUCCAUUGCUCACAAGGGAGGCAGUCAACUUGCUAAUAAAUUGUGUGACUAGCAAGGAAACCGAACUGUGGCGAUCAUUGGGCGAUGCUUGGACGGUGCCACGUGAUCAAUGGAAGGAGGACGUAGGUUCGUAUCAUCCGGUGUUUCUUGACGGAUGGUCACCGGACUAUGUGGUGAUCGAUGAAUUAGAUCAUAUGGUGACACCUUCGAACACGAAACGUACCAUCGAACACCACAACUUUGGCAAUGCCAGUAGCUUGGGAAUGAAUGGCAGUGGAGUAUUGAUGAGCGGCGAUUAUGAUUACGAUUCCCCCCCUCAUCAUCAUCAACACCAUCAAAACCAAGGUGGUGGUGGAGUCAGUGUUGAUCAAGAACGAGAUCGUUCGGAUCGUGAUCGAGAGCGUGAUAUGAAAGACUUUAGUGCACGCAGUGAUAUUUCACUCGAUUCCAUCGAAAGGAGUGGCGGUGUAACAACACCAUCUGUUGGCGCGUCUUUAAGCAAUAGGCCAUCAAGUGGUCACAUCGGGAAUGGAACACAGGCUCAUUUAAGUUCGCAAGCGGCUGCGCAGAAUGCUGUCAUGCAAUCCAUUACAACUGGCAUGCAAAAUAUGUACACCUCAAGACUUCCACCAAAUAGUGGAUCGAAUACAUUAGGGGCUGGAAAUGCAGGAAAUGUUGAAGUUAGUGCAACAAGGUCUGGUGCUAACGGCAAUAGUGGUGGUGGUAGUAUUGGUGUCGGUGCCGUCAUAACUGGUUCAGUUGUUAGUGGUGGCAAUGGCGGUGGCCAUGGCAGCAAUGAUCAAAUGAUUGAGGCAUGGUUAGAUGAAUUACAAGCUACAGGUGCCAAAAUUGUUCUUGUAACGUAUCCAAGGACAGCUAAUAAUGAUAAAGAACUCAGCGUAGUUCGAGGAGAGUACUUAGAGAUUCUUGACGAUAGCAGAAAAUGGUGGAAAGCACGAAAUAGUCGAGGACAAGUUGCUCAUGUGCCACAUACCAUUGUAACUCCUUUCAAUAAUUUUAAUGAAACAGAGUUUAAUCAAUUUUAUUCACAUAAUUAUAAAACAAAUAACCGUGAAGCCCCGGAAACUAGCUCUCAAUUAGGAGGAACUACAGGACCUCAUACUCAAAGCUCAUCCGAAUGGGUUCGUAACAAACAUAUCGGUAAGAAAGAAUCUUUAACGGAUUCUUCCUCUGGAGCCUCACCAGUAAAAUACGCUGUACCAACAAAUUCACGCCAGUUUGGACAUCAACACCAACAAGAACGACCAGUUUAUAUUCCCUCUGCCACGUCCAGCGCCAUCUACAGUGAUAUUAAAGCGAAACAAAACACUUAUAAUAACAAUAAUAUUCACCAAAAUAAACAUCAAUAUAAAUUUAUAAGUACAAUUCCAAUGCCGCCACAACCCCCACCUCCACCGCCGCCAUUUUUGACAGAUAUGAGUACAGCAGUUGGAGUUGGUGCAACGUUAAUGCCAGUUUUAAAUAGCAACUUACUCGCCGGCCAAACGAACACAAUUUAUACGAAAAGUACUAACAUCGCUGUCUCGAUGCAAACACCGGCUCCAACAUCGCAAAAUCAAAGCCAACAAAAACACCAAGUACCGUUAGUAGCAUCCACGGAUAUUAUGCAAGAAGAACUUAAACAAGUUCUACGUUCGCGUGAACGCCGCGACUUGGACAUUCUUAAAACCCCACAAAUUUAUAUCGAACAAAUAUCAAGCCCUUCCGAAGUCGAAAAUUGGUUGAGGGCAAAGGAAUUUUCUGAAAAAAUUAUCAAACGAUUGAACCAUUUGAGUGGCGAGGAAUUAUUUGCAUUGCCAGCUGAGAAAAUGGAAGAAUUAUUUGGCUUAAAGGAAGGAAGACGACUGGCCUCACAAAUAAUAUUGCAGAAAAGCGUUUCCGGUAGCAGUCAGUCGAAACUUUUUGGAGGACUUGGGGUUUGGAAUAAGAAAACCCUGGAAGGCCAGUGUGUUGUACAAAAUGUAAAACUUUUGUCUUUGUUGAACUUACUUUGCAAUACGACACAAACAACUUCGGCACAAAUGCGUGAUGCUUGCUACGGAUGUUUUUUUCGAGCCGGAAGUGUCAUAAAUGGACCGACGCAGCUAACAUCGUUAAACGAUUGCGCUAAGCUUUACAUUGCCAAUACAGAUUAUGGAGAAUGUGCAAGAAAUUUACAGUCAAUUGUAGAUGGUGUUCGCCAAACAACAGAUUUAAAUGCUCCUGGAUAUUGUUAUACUGGCUACUGUGAAUUUGUUCGAUGCAUUCGUCGAAUAAAUUCUCGUAAACUGAUUGCAACAUGUUACAGUGAAGCUCUUGGCAACCGUGAACUAGGAACAACUGAUGUAGACCGUAUAAAUUUUUACACUAACGUUACAUCCUGUAUAUUGGCUAAAGCACGAUGCAGUCAAUACAAUCCAAUAUCGGGCGAACUACAAAAUCAAUCCUAUUUAAAAGGUUGGGCUGGAAUAGGAGGAAAAACAAUAAGUUAUUUUAAUUCUUUGCAAUUUUCGGAUGCUGGUGAUUUGAGAAUUAUAACAUUCCCAACAGUGACAAAUGUUGGUGAUCUUUUUUGUGCACGAACACCAACCUUACAACAAUCGGGGUUUGGUUCGUUUGUUUGCUAAUAUUAUUUAAAUUAUAUUUAUAAUUAAAUUUUAAAAUAAAUUUAUAAAAAAAUAUCGAAAAA